GAAAAGGGAAAGUAGGUUGGCAUAUUUAUGGGUAUUGGGUUACUAUCAUUCUCUUGGUUAAAUUCUCUUUGCUUAUUUCUCCUAGAAGUUUGAGAGAUCCUCUCUUUGUGUUCUUUCUCGUGAUUAUCUACAGAUCGAUCUCCUUCUACCAAAUAUUUGUUUCCUUCUGUUCUUGUAGCUAGCUUUCAGGAAAUAGAGAUGGCAAGCACCUCUCAAGCCAUGCUGAACCAGGGCUUGUUUGAGGAGCAAGAGAUGCCUACGCAAAUGGGUUUCUUCUCUUUUGCUCCACACUUAAACUUUCCUCAACUGGGUAGUUGCCAUCAAUCACUCAAAAGCUUUACUAUACCUCAUUCACUUGUCGCCGAUGCACCAUCUACUGCUAAUCUCGCCGAAACCCUAAUCUCAUCCGCCGCUGCUAAGCAAAGAGAAGACGUGACAGCUUAUUUAGGAGGACCCCAUCUCCUUUCCUUGCAAAGAUCUAGUGCAAAUCUCUGGGCAUGGGGAGAGGUGAAUGAGUGUUUAAGCAGCAAAAGAAGUGGAGGAGAUGAUCAUCAUCUAGGGGUUUCUGCCAUGAAAAUGAAGAAGAUCAAAGCAAGAAGAAAGGUAAGAGAACCUAGGUUUUGCUUCAAGACUAUGAGCGAUGUGGAUGUGCUUGACGAUGGUUACAAGUGGAGGAAGUACGGCCAGAAAGUGGUGAAGAACACACUGCAUCCCAGAAGCUAUUAUCGAUGUACACAAGAUAAUUGUCGUGUGAAGAAGCGAGUUGAGAGGCUAGCCGAGGAUCCAAGAAUGGUGAUAACAACCUAUGAAGGGAGACAUGUUCAUUCUCCAUCUCAUGAUCUUGAAGACUCACAAGCUAAUUCCCAGCUUAACAAUUUCUUCUUCUAAGCUCUACUUUCAAUUCCUCCAUCAUCCUGUUGUUUGUUUAUUUUGUCUCAUGGAAAAAUAAACCAAUGUAUUAUAUAAUCCUAGCAAAUAUUAGAAUAUAAUCGUUGUAUGUACAAUAUUUUUAUUUUAAUUAUUGAUUAUUAUGAGAUUUGUGUAAAUCUUAUCGUAAUUAAUAAUUAUAAUAUAUUUGUUGUACAUAUAACGAUUGUGCGUAAAAUAAUUAAUGCAAUUUUCUUUUUUGUGUAAUUUCCUUGGUGCAUAAAUGAGAUGGUUCUUGUUAA